AUGACCAGAUUACGAACCCUCUUCCAGGCCGUCCUCCACGCCACAAUCCUGGCGACGCUUGCCCCCAUCGUGGCCGCCCAGACAUCCUCCUUCACAGAUGCCAACACCGGCAUCGUCUUCCAGCGCUUCUUCGGAGCGCGGACAAACUUUGAUUUGGCGUGGCGUUACCCACCGACCCAACCGACUCGUUCAUCGGCCAACUUUCGUUUCCUCUUGUUAACGGAAACGGGUGGGGGCUUCUCGCUCACGGGCGACAUGGAGGGCCCCCUGUUGAUGGCUGUCUGGUCUGACGGCACCAACAUCGUGUCUUCCUUCCGGCAAGCGUUCAACGAAGACGACAAUCCCCCGAAGUGUGCUGCGGGCACUUCCGGUCAAGCUGAGAUGGGGUGGGCGCUCUCGUCGAUUCCGGUGCGCAAUGCCGCUUCGAGCAACGGUAUUCUCGACUUCCAUGAUAGCGGCUUUGGCGACUUUGACGCCAACCUCGGUGGUGCUAGGAGCGCCGAGUUCGAAUCGUGGGUAGCGCUUGCUGGCGCCCCGCUUCCGCAGUCCAACGCUGCUGUGCCGAUCCGGCCCGACGCGGGGAUGAUGACGAUGAUGACGAUGACGAUUCGGGCGAUGAGGGCAGAGGAGGCGGCGUUACCCGGGGUGGACAGGGCCGGAAUGGCGGUAACGGGGAGGAAGAUUCGGAGGUGA